AUGGUAUGUGGAGAUUGUGAGAAGAAAUUGACAAAAAUCGUCGGAGUCGAUCCAUAUAGAAAUAAAAAGAGCAAUCGAGGAGCCGAUGGAAAAAUUGCAAAAGUUUCGACCACCAAAAAUCGAUUAAUUGGAGCCGAUAAAAAGUAAGUUCAUUUUUUAUUUAUUAAUACAAUGUUUCUGUUCAAAUUUAGUGCAGUACUAAAAUUUUUAAAAAUUUCUUCCUAAAAUAGCGAAUAUUUCAGAGCCACAAUAGUCGGUGCCAAAUGUAAAAUUUGUAAAAUGCUUAUGCAUCAAGCGGGUAGUCAUUAUUGUUCAACAUGCGCAUAUCAAAAAGGAAUAUGUGCAAUGUGUGGAAAGAAGAUAAUUAAUGUAAAAGGACUUCGACAAAGCACAACCUAA